AUGCCCUUCAUCGGCUCUCUCGGUGGUCUUUUCACCAAGUCCAAUAGUACGGCAUCCAAAAUUCCCAUACCAGCAGCAAACAUAUCCGAAACUCUCAAUGAAGAGAAGAACAACAAGACAAUCAGGCAAAUCACCAUCCCUCCACCACCGCCAAAUCGGACACAUGGCCGCUUUGUGUCCGAUGAGGAGACGGGCUUUCUGUCUCCUUCAGACGAAUCAAUUCCAGGUCCAAAUCCGUCUCGAGGGUCACACAAUUUGAGAAACUCCACUGGAUCGAUGAAAUCAACCCAAUCUACUGGUUCCUGGAAUCGGAAGAGAAUAAGUAAAGACGACUCAGUGCGAGACGGCAAGUCAAGCGACCAUAAUGACAGCAAAAAGAGGUUCUUCUUACAACGGAAUCCAUUACUGGAAUUUGACCCAACGCGAAAACUGAAGUUAAUUAUGGAUGAGAGUAGCUAUACCUCUCCUCCAGCCACAUCAUCCCCUUCCUCACAAUCUCCUUCUUCAGCUGCAGCACUACCUGCCGACCAAGAACAGGAACAAGAACCAAAACAAAACACACCUCCUCACCACAACAACAACCCAAAAACAGAAAAAGAAAAUCACCCAAUUACCAAAACCUCAUCUAACUCAAAUAUCCAAAACGAAAUUGAAAAGACUGAAAUCAACCUCACCAACCUCCAAUCCCUCUCCCCAGAUAUCCUCUUCCAACUCCUCACCUCCUUCCACGCCUCUAUCCGGCUGCAAAACCGACAGACUCCAUUUACCGCAUCGCAAUUGCAGGCCGUAGAAGAGAUGCUCUCGUAUGCUAGUACGAUGGGUUUGUGUGGAUCGAAUGAGAUUGCGAGGAAGGGCGUGGGAGGGUGGGAGGUUAUGAGGGAUGUUUGGGAGGAGGUUGUGGAUUCUCCCUGUGCGUCGAUAUCUUCCCUUGAUAUUACGAAUUCUGGUUCUUGGAAAGUGCUGAGGAGCUCGAGAAGUAGGGGGAGGGUGGAGAGGAUAACAGGACAGGAGAGGGGGGAAAUUCAAAUGGAGAUGAAGAUGGAGAUGGGUAGCGAGACAGGGGAGGAGAAAGGGAAAGUGGGAGAGAGAAGGAGUGUUGAUUCGGGGAUUGAUAUUAAGGGUUGUUCUGAAAUCUCCUUUGCGAAAGGAGAUCAGAAUCCAGUCAAAAAGACACAAUCCGAAUCCAAGGACAACGAAAACGGAAACAAAAGUCUGAGAGAUAUCAUAUUCUCUGGACUCUAUAGUCCCCUGGCUAGAUCCUCACAACCACGUCCACCAACAUACCCACAAAGUCACAUCUCCCUCCAAUUCGCACUCCAAUUCUCACCCACCACCCUCCUACGCACCAUCCACUCCCUCAUCCAAACCAAAGGCCCCCACUUCGCCACCACUGACCUCCUCACCACCGAACGCGAAGUAAUUAACCAUGUUCUGGCAUGGAAAUACCUCGUCCAAACAUUCGUCGUCGCCCGAGAAGAGUUAAGCGAGGAUCUCAUCACGCGGACUCAUGGCAUCCUUAUGGCUGGUAUUGCACCGCCGGCGAGAGAUAGCUUGCUUUCGAAUGGCGAUUGUGAGGGCCAGAAUGAAGAGGAGAAGGAUGUUGCGAGGAAGAGGGAGAUGUGUACUCUGAUCAAAGAUUUUAAUCAGAGAGUAAGAAAAGCUGAAGAGAAAGGGAUGAUCGAUCCCGUUGCGCUAGCAGCGGAGUUUUGCCAUAGGAUGCUUUCUAUACCUCUUUUUGUGGAUGGAAAUGGGAGGGUGGCGAGAUUGGUGACAAAUGCUGUGCUUUUGAGGUGGGUGGGUGUUGUUGCGGUUUGGGGUGUUGAUUUUGGGACUCAGACUACUGCUGAUCGAGGUGGAGCUGAAAGCAAGGAGAAGGAACGGGAGAAGGAGGAUAAAGAUGCGUAUCGGGGUAUUGUUGAGAGGGCGAGAUUCGCUGAAUUGCGGUGUGCGGAGGACGAGAAGGAGGACAAGGAGGAUGAUGGUGAGGAUGGUAAUGGGGAUGGAGAGAAGAAACCAUGGGCUGAACUGGCGACGUAUAUACUUCGUAAGUGUGUUGCUGGUGUAGAGGGAGUUUGGGAUGUCCUUGAUGAUGAGGAGGUCGUUGGUGUGGUGCCCGGGUGGGAGGAGUUGCUUGUGGAGGGGUACUUGAAUGUGCCUGCUGAUGAGGGAGAGUGUGAUAAUUGGCAGGAUGAUCUGCUGGGUUGUUAUCUGAAUGGCGAGGAUAAGUGUGCAGGUGUGUUGGAGGGUGCGAACCGCUCAAAAGACUCCGAGAGUGAGGACGCACGUAAAGUAAGGUUACUUGUCUGGCCCAAUCCACCUCCGAAGAAACGACUUCCGCAUCUUGAAGUUUUGGAGCCUCUCGGUAUCCCAGAUUGGGUUACUGAGAGAGCAAGAGAUGGAGUCUGGUGGAGUGAUGUAGAUGAAGAACAGCCCCCUUUCUUGAAUUUCGAAAUGAAGGCGGCCAGUCUGGUGACGGGGCAAGGUUUCGUAGCCCCCAGGAUUCAUCUGAAAGGGACUGAAGAAAAAUGAAGUGAAGAGUUUGGGCUAGGGAAGAGUCUCUUGAAAAAUUGGGGUAGUCUUCAACGAGGUUAGCAUGGCGAGAAUGGGACGUUGGGCUGCUGGGCUGCUGUUGCAUAGAGAAG